GGCGCGCGGCUUCGGGCCCGAGCGGGAGGCCGAGCCGGCCAAGGAGGCGCGCGUCGUGGGCUCGGAGCUCGUGGACACGUACACGGUAUAUAUCAUCCAGGUCACGGAUGGCAACCACGAGUGGACGGUCAAACACCGCUACAGUGACUUCCAUGACUUGCAUGAAAAGCUUGUUGCAGAAAGAAAAAUUGAUAAAAAUCUACUUCCACCCAAAAAGAUAAUUGGGAAAAACUCCAGAAGCUUGGUGGAGAAGAGGGAAAAGGACCUGGAGGUAUAUCUCCAGACCCUCCUGACCACCUUCCCUGGCGUGGCCCCCAGAGUACUGGCCCACUUCCUGCAUUUUCACUUCUAUGAAAUAAAUGGCAUCACUGCAGCAUUGGCUGAAGAACUCUAUGAAAAAGGAGAGCAGCUUCUGGGGGCUGGUGAGGUCUUUGCCAUCAGGCCCCUGCAGCUCUACGCUGUCACGGAGCAACUGCAGCAGGGAAAGCCCACAUGCGCCAGCGGUGAUGCCAAGACUGACCUUGGGCACAUCCUGGACUUCACCUGUCGCCUUAAGUACCUUAAGGUUUCUGGCACAGAAGGACCUUUUGGGACCAGCAACAUUCAGGAACAGUGCCUGCCUUUUGAUCUGUCCAUAUUCAAGUCUCUGCAUCAGGUGGAGAUAAGUCACUGUGAUGCUAAGCAUAUCCAAGGGCUAGUCACCUCAAAGCCAACCUUAGCCACAAUGAGCUUCCGCUUUUCAGCAACCUCAAUGAAGGAAGUCCUUGUUCCUGAAGCCUCAGAAUUUGAUGAGUGGGAGCCUGAAGGCACAGCCCUUGAAGGUCCUGUGACUGCCAUCAUCCCUACGUGGCAAGCAUUGACCACUCUUGACUUGAGCCACAACAGCAUCUUUGAGAUCGACGAGUCUGUGAAACUAAUUCCCAAGAUUGAGUUCCUGGACCUGAGUCACAAUGGAGUGCUGGUUGUGGAUAACCUGCAGCACCUCUGCAACCUUGUGCACCUUGACCUGUCCUACAACAAGCUGUCCUCCCUGGAAGGCGUUCACACCAAGCUGGGCAACGUCAAAACCCUGAACCUGGCAGGCAACCUCCUGGAGAGCCUAAGCGGCCUGCACAAGCUCUACUCUCUGGUCAACCUGGAUCUGAGCAACAACAGAAUCGAGCAGAUGGAAGAGGUUAGGAGCAUAGGCAGCCUUCCGUGUCUGGAGCAUGUGGCCCUGCUGAACAAUCCUCUGAGCAUCAUCCCCGACUACCGGACCAAGGUGCUCGCCCAGUUUGGAGAACGGGCCUCAGAAAUCUGUCUGGAUGGCACAGUGACCACAGAGAAGGAGCUGGACACCGUGGAAGUGCUGAAAGCAAUUCAGAAAGCCAAAGAUGUCAAGUCCAAACUGAGCAACACAGAGAAGAAGGUUGGUGAGGACUCACGGCUCUCAGCGACCCCCUGCGUCAGACCCAGUGGCUCCCCUUCCAGUGCAGCGUCCACCUCGGCCUCCCUGCCUCAACCCAUCCUCUCCAACCAAGGCAUCAUGUUUGUGCAGGAGGAGGCCCUGGCCAGCAGCCUCUCAUCCACUGACAGUCUGCCUCCUGAGGACCAGCCCAUUGCCCAGGGCUGCUCUGACUCCUUGGAGUCCAUCCCCCCUGGACAGGUGGCCUCUGACGAUUUAAGGGAUGUGCCAGGAGCUGCUGGUGGUGCAAGCCCAGAGCAUGCGGAGCCGGAGGUGCAGGUGGUGCCCGGGUCUGGCCAGAUCGUCUUCCUGCCCUUUACCUGCAUUGGCUACACAGCCACCAAUCAGGACUUCAUCCAGCGCCUGAGCACACUGAUCCGCCAAGCCAUUGAGCGGCAACUGCCUGCCUGGAUUGAGGCUGCUAACCAGCGAGAGGAGGCCCAGGGUGAGGAGGAUGAAGAGGAUGAGGAGGAGGAAGAUGUUGCUGAGAAUCGCUACUUUGAGAUGGGACCUCCAGACACAGAAGAGGAGGAGGAGGAAGGCAGUGGCCAGGGGGAGGAGGAGGAGGAAGAUGAGGAGGCUGAGGAGGAACGUUUGGCUCUAGAAUGGGCCCUGGGCGCAGACGAGGACUUCCUGCUGGAGCACAUCCGCAUCCUCAAAGUGCUGUGGUGCUUCCUGAUCCACGUGCAGGGCAGCAUCCGCCAGUUCGCGGCCUGCCUCGUGCUCACCGACUUUGGCAUCGCCGUCUUCGAGAUCCCUCACCAGGAGUCCCGAGGCAGCAGCCAGCACAUCCUCUCCUCCUUGCGCUUUGUCUUCUGCUUUCCACAUGGCGACCUCACUGAGUUUGGCUUCCUCAUGCCAGAGCUGUGCCUGGUGCUCAAGGUGCGACACAGUGAGAACACGCUCUUCAUCAUCUCCGACGCCGCCAACCUGCAUGAGUUCCACGCCGACCUGCGCUCCUGUUUCGCGCCGCAGCACAUGGCGAUGCUGUGCAGCCCCAUCCUCUACGGCAGCCACACCAGCCUGCAGGAGUUCCUGCGCCAGCUGCUCACCUUCUACCAGGUAGCCGGGGGCUGUCAGGAGCGCAGCCAGGGCUGCUUCCCCGUUUACCUGGUCUACAGUGACAAGCGCAUGGUCCAGACAGCUGCUGGGGACUACUCAGGCAACAUCGAGUGGGCCAGCUGCACACUCUGCUCCGCUGUGAGGCGCUCCUGCUGUGCGCCCUCCGAAGCGGUCAAGUCUGCCGCCAUCCCCUACUGGCUUCUGCUCACACCCCAGCACCUCAACGUCAUCAAGGCCGAUUUCAAUCCUAUGCCUGACCGUGGCACCCACAACUGCCGCAACCGCAACAGCUUCAAGCUCAGCCGUGUGCCGCUGUCCACCGUGCUGCUGGACCCCACGCGUAGCUGUACGCAGCCUCGUGGUGCCUUUGCCGAUGGCCACGUGCUUGAGCUGCUCAUUGGCUACCGCUUUGUCACCGCCAUCUUCGUGCUACCCCAUGAGAAGUUCCACUUUCUGCGCAUCUACAAUCAGCUGCGGGCCUCACUGCAGGAUCUCAAGACUGUAGUCAUUGCCAAGACCCCUGCUGCAGGGCCCAAGGCCCAGGGCCCCAGCAUUGAUGGCCAGCCUGCUGAGGGCAGAGCCAGUGAUGAGCAGCGUUCCCAGGAGGUCCAAGUAGAGGCUCCAGUCCCAGCCCUGGCAGAGGCCGCAGCUCCAGUUCCAGUGGAAGCCCCGGCAGUGGCCCCGGCUCCGGUUCCAGUGGAAGCCCUGGCAGUGGCCCCGGCUCCGGUUCCAGUGGAAGCCCCAGCAGUGGCCCCGGCUCCAGUUCCAGUGGAAGCCCCGGCAGUGGCCCCGGCUCCGGUUCCAGUGGAAGCCCCGGCAGUGGCCCCGGCUCCGGUUCCAGUGGAAGCCCUGGCAGUGGCCCCGGCUCCGGUUCCAGUGGAAGCCCUGGCAGUGGCCCCGGCUCUGGUUCCAGUGGAAGCCCCAGCAGUGGCCCCGGCUCCGGUUCCAGUGGAAGCCCUGGCAGUGGCCCCGGCUCCACCUCCAGUGGAAGCCCCGGCAGUGGCCCCUGCUCCAGCUCCAGUAAAAGCCCCAGCAGUGGUUCCAGUUCCUGUGGAAGCCCCGGCUCCAGAUCUAGUUGAGGCCCCAGCAGAUGUUCUGGCUAUGGCUCCAGUUGAGGCCCCAACUCUGGUUCCAACGGAGGUCCCAACACAGGCCCCAGCCCUAGCUCCAGUGGAAGUCUCAGUGGAGGCAUUGGCACAAGUCGAGGCCCCCACCCAGUACCCGAGCGAGCAGCUGAUCCAGUCCACCUCUGAGGAGAAUCAGAUCCCCUCACACUUGCCUGUCUGCCCGUCACUCCAGCACAUUGCCAGCCUGCAGGGGAGUGCCAUCAUCGAGCUCUUCCACAGCAGCAUUGCUGAGGUUGAAAAUGAGGAACUGAGACACCUCCUGUGGUCAUCGGUGGUCUUCUACCAGACGCCAGCGCUGGAAGUGACUGCCUGCGUGCUGCUCUCCACCAAGGCCGCGUACUUCGUGCUGCAUGACGGCCUCCGCCGGUACUUCUCAGAACCGCUGCAGGAUUUCUGGCAUCAGAAAAACACUGACUACAACAACAGUCCUUUCCACAUCUCUCAGUGCUUUGUGCUCAAACUCAGUGACCUGCAGUCGGUCAAUGUUGGCCUUUUUGACCAGUACUUCCGGCUGACGGGCUCCUCCCCAACACAGGUGGUCACAUGCUUGACUCGGGACAGCUACCUGACCCACUGCUUCCUCCAGCACCUGAUGCUGGUGCUCUCCUCGCUGGAGCGCACGCCCUCACCUGAGCCUGCUGACAAGGACUUCUACUCAGAGUUUGGGAACAAGAGCACGGGAAAGAUAGAGAAUUACGAGCUGAUUCAUUCGAGCCAUGUCAAGUUCACCUACCCUAGUGAGGAGGAGGUUGGAGACCUGACAUCCAUUGUGGCACAGAAGACAGCUGAGCCUGAGAAGGCUCCCGACCUCAGCAUCCUGCUCUAUGUACAGGCCUUCCAGGUGGACAUGCCCCCACCUGGGCGUGGCAGGGGCCCACUGCGCCCCAAGACACUCCUCCUCACUAACACUGAGCUCUUCCUCCUGGAUGAGGACUACAUCAACUACCCACUGCCUGAGUUUGCCAAAGAGCCACCACAGAGGGACAGGUACCGGCUGGAUGAUGGCCGCCGUGUCCGGGACCUGGACCGUGUGCUCAUGGGCUACCAGCCCUAUCCACAAGCCCUCACCCUUGUCUUUGACGAUGUGCAGGGCCACGACCUCAUGGGCAACGUCACCCUGGACCACUUUGGCGAGGAGCCAGGCACUCCUGGCAGGGCUGGCCAAGGCCGGGAGGUCCAGUGGCAGGUGUUUGUUCCUAGUGCUGAGAGCCGAGAGAAGCUCAUCUCGCUGCUGGCCCGGCAGUGGGAGGCCCUGUGUGGGCGGGAGCUGCCUGUAGAGCUCACCGGCUAGUGCGCGCCACAGCCAGCCGGCCCUUGCCGCCGGUCAAGCCCCGCCUACCCUGGUGCGUGCUCAGGGCAGGGAAGCGGGCUUUCUGUGUUCUCUGAGAGAUGCUUUCUCCCUCCCUUUGAUACUCUGACUGUCCUCACAGAUAAUGUGAACUUGUGUGCUUAGUUAAUUCUCAUGCUGGUAAGGAGCACACUGGAGCCCACCAGAGUGUCUGUGUGCUGUCAGCCUCUGUGUUGCCUGUGUCCAGAGUGAUGGGGCCAGGCACACCAGCGUCAUGUCUGCUGUUGUGAUGCCAUUGUUAACAUGUGGCACUGUGACUGAUUGACUACACGUUCUGAACUGUCACGUCAAGUCUGUUGUUGCUGUUGCUGUUAUUGUGGGCAUUUUGCUGCUAAUUAUGAAGCUGGUAGCAGAAUGCACAUUGAAAGCUCCCACUCUGUGCUUUUCCAAAUGGAGGCCUCCUCGUGUCCCCACAAGUUGGGGGGUGUCCUGUGGGGAGUUCCCCAGGCCUUGGGGCCAAGAGGGGUGGAGGUAGGGGACCUAAAGCUGCCAGCGCCAAAUGUGAUUCCUGUUGCCUAUCUUCUCUGCUCCAAUAAAGCAGAAUUUGACACA